UGCAAGCGCAAGCGGCCUCGCCGAUCGGGAAGCGUGCAACCCCGUCCGGAAAGAUCGCCAGUGGGCCCAACCGCAGCUCCCCUGGUGAAGGGCAUUCUGUAUCCCUCAUGAAUCGCGGGGGCCGUGUCAGGGGGAAAGAGAAUCGCGUUCAAAUGACCCCUCAACAGGAGGCUCUUCAAUCUCCCCGGCGCAGUGACACAGCAAACGCUACUUCGACUCCCAUUUUCACGAUUCCAAAUCUCAAGAGUAUCAAGAAGAAACGAAGGGGGGCUGCCGCUUUUCCAUCUCCUCACGCACAUUCUACUCCGGUUGCAAUCAAAUCUGAACCU